ACAGUACUCCCUAUCCCCAAAGUAACAGCGAUGAGACAACGUAAAUAUGUCUUCUGACUCUGGUGUGCAAGACUACCGACUAAAAGUGCACAUGUGUACCCAUGUCUGUAGUGACCUUUAGCAUACUAACAGGGUAACCUAUAUCAUCACGUACUACAAUCACGUACAUAGCAAAUGUACUGAUGAAUGACACUUCUGUGCCGGAUAUAAGAAUAUCUCUGAGAAAUGUAACACACAGCAGAAUGUAGAUUAAAGUCAGUAGAAACAAAACGUGUUUGUGCGUUCUCUGAGUACAGACUCUCGUAUAGAUACUACACGCCACAAUAGCCAUCCGUUGAAGUUAAAGCUACAAGCUAUCCCAAGCUGAAGAUCUCAGGCGACAGCAGUAGAAUUAUGUUUCCCUCAUUCGUAAAUGAAAGAAAUUGGGUUUCCGCUAUGUAACGUUCAUUUUGGCCUAUUGUCCUAAGGUCCUAUUCUCAAGAUAUGCGAGAGUCUCAUGUGAACAAUGCAUCAGGGAGGGUUCUGGUAUUAGCCGUGCACACGUACAUUGUAUGCAAAUCGCCUUCUCUACAAGAGGAAGCAGGCUGCCGCGGUUGAACUUGCCACAACAGGAACCACAGUCUGACACUGAGCUACAACCUACUCGACCUCUCAACGUUGUCUAGGAGGGUGCUUUCAGAGGAAUUCGUCGGGAUCAACCUGUCCACAUUGCACAAGAACCACUGACUGAAAAUAGAAACUCCAGGCAGCGCCAAAAGACCCUUGGUCUGACUUGUGCGGAAAGUGACAUCAGUGUAAUCAGUCAUUACAUAUAUCUGAAAGGUACAUCAUGGCCACGAAGUUACCACUCCUGCUGUUAUCCCUGUUGAGCGUCCUGAAGGUGUCUGAAGCAGCUGAAGCUCCCUGCAUCUGCUCGGCUUCAUCCUGCAGCUGCAGCUACAGAUCUCUCACCAGCGUUCCUCAGGACCUGCCCACAACCAUCACCGACUUGUAUUUAGAGGGUAAUUCAAUUAGAACUUUAGAAGACUCUCAGUUCUCACUGUACAGGCGAUUGACAAAGCUUAUCCUGCAAAACAAUCACAUUGCCACAAUCAGUGAUCAAGCAUUUAAUUACUUGUCAAGUUUGGUUACUUUGUAUCUCCAAGGUAACGGCAUAACAGACCUCAGUGCUGACAUGUUCACAGGACUGACAAACUUGCAGACCCUAUGGCUUGACAAAAAUGAGAUCAGUGACAUUCAGGCUGAGACUUUCACCCCAACAUCAAACCUAAAAAACUUGCACCUUGAUCACAACAACUUCACGAGCCUUAGAUCUCACAUGUUUAGAGGGUUAGGAAACUUACAGAAUCUUUACCUGGACGAUAAUGAGAUCAGUGAUAUUCAGGCUGGAACUUUCAGUCCGUUAUCACAACUGAAAAAUUUGUCCCUACAUCACAACAACUUAACAACCCUCAGAUCAGAAAAGUUUACAGGGCUGGGAAACUUGCUGACCCUUGACCUUAACAGUAAUGAGAUCAGUGACAUUCAGGCCGAAACGUUCAGUUCAACACUACAACUACAAAUCUUGCAUCUGUAUGACAACAGGUUGACAAACCUGAAAUCUGACAUGUUAACAGGGCUUCGAAACUUACGGAGCCUUCGGUUAGAUAAUAAUGACAUCAGUGACAUUCAGGCUGGAACUUUCAAUCCUUCACCACAGCUAAAAAUCUUGUACCUGUUUCAGAACAAAUUAACCAGCCUCAGACCUGACAUGUUCACAGGGCUGGGUAUCUUACAUCAACUUUGGCGUCACGAAAAUGAGAUCAAUGAUAUUCAGCCUGGAACUUUCAGUUCAACAUCACGGCUUUUGGUCCUUUAUCUGGACGAAAACAACUUGACAAGCCUGACAUCGCAAAUGUUUUCAGGGCUGGGAAAGUUGCAGGUCCUUUGGCUCAACAAUAAUAAGAUCAAUGACAUUCAGACUGGAACUUUCAGUCCAAUACAUCAAGUAGAAUCCGUGCGCCUGGAUCAGAACAAGUUAAGGAAGCUCAAAUCUAACAUGUUUACAGGGCUGGGGAACUUAAAGAACCUUCGGAUAGACAACAAUGACAUCAAUGAUAUUCAGGCUGGAACGUUCAGUCCAACACAACUAGACACCUUGCGCCUGGAUCGGAAUAAGCUAAGUAGGCUCAGAUCUAAUAUGUUUACAGGGCUUGGUGACUUGCAGAACCUUUGGCUAAACAGCAGUGAUAUCAAUGAAAUUGAGGCUGGAACUUUCAAUUCAACACCACAGCUAACUACAUUGUACCUUCAUAGGAAUAGACUUAAACUCAUCAAAGCCGAUAUAUUCUCAAAUCUACCGCAACUAAAAACCUUCCAUAUGUCUUACAACAACAUUGAAACGUUUCCUACUGAAAUCUUAUCAACAUUACCAUCACUUUCUUCCCUUGAGCUUCAGAACAACCGAAUGGUGACACUUCCCAGGACAGCCUAUGACAAACUGUCAUCAAUCUCCGAUGUAAACAUUGACAAUAACCCCUGGCAUUGUGACUGUGGGAUGGUUCCCUUUAGGUUAAAGAUGAACGGGUCUCAUUCAUUUGAGAACCAGAUAACUUGUUCCCAGCCAGGCAACUUAACUGGACAAAUGCUUAAAGAUAUCAACCCUGAAGAUAUGCAGUCAGAUUGUAAAGAGCCAACCAUACUGAGAUUUGAGCGGGAUGGCAGUAAGACAUUGUUACAUGGGGAGACUUUCCAUUUGGUCUGUGAAGCUUCAGGAAUCCCCACACCAGACAUCACAGUCAUUCUCAUAUCUGGAGAGCAUGCAACUGUUGAGUCAGGCGGUAGGGUGAGUGUGGAGGUAAAUGGUACCGUUUCCAUAGCGAAUGUUACCGUAGAAGCAGGUGCUGGUCUGCACGUUUGUAUUGCAGCAAGCUUUGUUGGCUCUACAUCAACUACACUGUACGAAUAUGUUCAGCUGAAACUGCACACAGCUGUUACAAUGACACCGGUAACUGUCCCUCCCCAUAUCGUGAGGUUUGAAGUAAAUGGAGAUAUUACCCCAUUGGUACAUGGAGAGACUCUCCAUUUAGUCUGUGAGGCUGUAGGAAUCCCAACACCAGAUGUCACAUUCAUCCUCCCAUCUGGACUAAAUGCCACUGUUACGUCUGCUGAGAGGGUAACUGUGGAGGCGAAUGGCACCAUGACAGUAAGAGACAUUACUGCAGCAGAUGCAGUGGACAAGAUCAGACAAGAUAUACCCAGGCUCAGAGUGGAUCCCUGA